AUGUCAUCUCCGAAUCCUCGAAAACGACCGGCACCGGGUAGUGUGCCUAUACAACAUCAAAUGGCGGCGCCUUACAACACGCAAGAUCAGUUAUUGAGAUGGAAUGGGAACAACACGGGUGCCUUCGUCGACAACCCUUCGAAUGGUGUCAACUCCUAUGGCGUAAUGCCGUCGCCGACACAACCCCAAUAUGGAGCUGCAAAUGCGCCUUCGAACGUCCUUGCCAGACGAGGCAUUAACAAUGCCCUCGUCGCCACCAAUCGUGCAUUUACCCCGCAGCAGGGUGAUCCGUGGUCCAACUUUGACGAGAACUUAAUCGCGGGCCAGACGAACGGGGGCGUUGACGAGCAUGAUAACAUUGAGUUGCUCGAGGAGAAGGCUCAGAGGGCAAAGAGGGAAGCCCAGGCAAAGCGGAAGCAGAUUCCGCCUUUCGUACAAAAGCUAAACAGCUUUUUAGAGGAAUCGAAGAACACAGAGUUGAUCAGAUGGUCAGAGAAGGGUGACUCUUUUAUUGUCCUUGAUGAAGACGAGUUUGCUAAGACCUUGAUUCCCGAGCUCUUCAAGCAUAACAAUUACGCCUCCUUUGUCCGUCAGCUUAACAUGUACGGAUUUCACAAGAAAGUGGGCCUUUCGGACAAUUCGAUGAAAGCUAGCGAGCGCAAGAAUAAGAGCCCGAGUGAAUACUACAACCCUUACUUCAAGCGCGGCCACCCGAACCUACUAUGGCUAAUCAACAAGCCAAAGAGUGGAGGCGGCAAGAAAGGUCUCAAGAAACGGGGUGACGAAGGUGAUGGUGAGAGUGACGAGGAUGUCGUAGUGCCAGAAGAAGUCAUCAACCAUCCAUUUACCCAACCAACUGCGCAGAAUAGAGCUCUACCCGCUCCCGAAUCGGGACCUCUCCAAAAGAAGGAGUUGGCGGUCGUCCGAGAUCAGAUGGCAGCGUUACAGACGCGGCAAAAGCAGAUCAGCGAUGCAAUCCAGCGACUAAGACAAGAGCACAAUCAGUUGUACCAACAAGCCAUCAUGUUCCAGAACAUGCAUGACCGCCAUGAGAAUUCUAUCAACGCUAUCCUAAAUUUCCUCGCCAAUGUAUUUAGGAAGUCGCUCGAGGAACAAGGUGGCGUGCAGAACGUUAACGACUUGCUAGCCAGCAUUAUACCUAACGUGCAGAUGCCGCCUCAACAAGGCCAGGGCAGCGUGGUCGAUCUCGGAGAUUGGGUACAGCAGCAGAUGCCUAGAAAUGGGACACCGGUGGGCACACCUAAGAGACAGCACCGCCUCUUGCCUCCUAUUCCACAGCCUCAAGGUCAAGCUGCAAGGACACCACCGGCGACAGCGGCGUCCACGCCGUUCUCAAAUUAUCCCAAUCAUCAACAGCCCCCGAUCCCGCAAGUGACGGAGGUCUUCGACACCCCGACGGAAUCGUCUACACCUGCCUAUCUCAAGCAGGAACUGGAGUCGAAUCCCCAGGAAGGCAUGAUGAAAAUUAUUCAGGAUGCCAACACCAAUGCCGGCAAUGUUUCCGUCGAUCUUCCCAACGUAGCUGCUGCCACAUCGGCGACGCUUACCAAUGACCAGCGUAAUCGCAUGUUAAGUAUCAUGUCUGGUCAUAAUAGCACCGCUCCAACCCCCGUCUCCGUGACUUCGCCUCCCGUAUCAGCAGACCCACACCCCUCCCCGAUGGGAGUCCCGUCAGCCGGAAGCGUACCACCCACUACGACACGCAACUCGAUGUCGCCCAUUAUGCCUUCAACCCUCCCGCCGUCCAUCCAACGGAUAUCGCAGACGCAGGAGGAACUAGAGCAGCUGCAACGGCUUCAGACGGAGCAGAGCCAGAAGCUCGAGGAUCUUAACCAUAUCUUAGGGCCGCUCAGCCCGUCCGGUCGUAUUCCCGGUCUCGAUGACUCGAACGCGUAUUUCGACGAUAACAUCGAUCUUAAUCAAUUCAUAGACUCGAACGCGUAUAGCACGGACCCCGGCGUCGGCGGCGACUUCGACUUCGAUACGAGCCACUUUGCUAAUAGUGCUCCAGCCUUCGACUGGAACCCAGAUGGCACUACGGAGUUUGCGGGCGACGCGCUCAACGCAGGCAGGAUCGUCGAGACGAAUACCCCGAGUCAUAAGAGCCCAAGCCCGAGCGUAACUGAGGAGAUCCUGAGGAACGAUCUCGAUGACAGUCCUGGACGCGCGGCUAAGAGGCAGAGGAAGGCUUGA